AGUAAAGAGCUUGUGUAGGUCAGCCGUGACGUUCGCGCUGUCACCUCCCCUCAUUCCUCAGCUCCAGAACGGUGGACCUCGGAAGGUACUGAGCAGCAUCAAACCCGUUUCAGCAUGAACAAUGGCACACGUAUCCAAAACCUACAAGUGCAUACUAGCUACAGAAGUCCGCAAUUAAGGGACGUGCAGCUGCGGAAUAGCUCUAGAAUUACAACUUACAUACAAAGGAUUGUCUCACCAAGCUUCGUUGCAGAUCUAGGGUGCCAUUACUAGCGCUCCAGUGCCAAGCGACACCUGUCCUCUCACGGUAGAGCUUCACAACAUCCAUAUCCGCCCACCCAGCGCCACUCCUUACAUUUCCAACCUGCUCCUCUCUUUUGCUUUCGACCGCAGCUAUGGCGCAAAUUCGGGGCACAGCGGGCUACCACCUGGGAAACCAGAGCCCAUUCGGUAACGCUGGACGGAACGAUGGCACGACGAACGACCCAAGCCCGCUUGAUCAGCUCAGAGAGCAGACAAACAAGAUUGAGGAUUUCCUGGACACAAUGUCCGACCCGAUCAAGCCAUACCUUCCAGCCAUCGGUCGCUUCUUGAUCGUGGUCACUUUCCUCGAGGAUGCGCUGCGCAUCUUGACACAAUGGAGCGACCAGCUUACAUACCUCCACGACUACCGAAAGAUCUGGAACGGCUUCACUCACGCAUUCCUCAUCAUCAACGUGGUCACAAUGACAGCAUGCUCGAUCAUGGUCAUCGCACGAAAGCACUCGGAAUACGCUGUAGCUGGUCUCAUGAGCGUGGUUGUCAUGCAGGGUAUCGGAUACGGUCUCGUCUUCGACCUGAACUUCUUCCUCCGCAACCUUUCGGUUAUGGGCGGCCUCAUGAUGGUUCUUUCGGAUUCCUGGGUUCGCAAGAAGUUCGCUCCGGCCGGCCUUCCCCAGCUCGAUGAGAAGGACAAGAAGAUGUACUUUCAGCUUGCUGGACGUGUUCUGCUUAUCUUCCUCUUUGUCGGCUUCGUUUUCCGUGGCGACUGGGGCUUCUGGAGAAUUGUGGCUAGCUUGCUCGGCCUCAUUGCCUGCAUCAUGGUUGUGGUUGGCUUCAAGGCCAAGUUCUCGGCAAUUAUGUUGGUGCUCAUUCUGAGCGUCUUCAACCUCUACGUCAACAACUGGUGGACUCUACACCCACACCACCCUCACAAGGAUUUCGCGAAGUACGACUUCUUCCAGAUUCUGUCCAUUGUUGGUGGUCUGCUCCUCCUCGUCAACAUGGGCCCCGGACAGUUCUCCGUCGAUGAGAAGAAGAAGGUUUAUUAGACGACUCUGCCUCGGGCAAACACAAUAUCUUCACAUCUCAGCAUUUGGCCGCAGGCCAGGCUAUGCACUAUAUUAAGCUUAGUACAACGACGCACACGAAGAUGUUCCAGCGCUCAUGGGCCGAGCAUUGGAGAGAAUAUCACGGUCAAAAGCACUUGAGCGCAUGAAAGGGCUAUAGGACAUGGAACCUGUAGAAUAUGACAUCGGCGUAGAGUUUGUUUAGCAUUGGAAGGGCAAUCGCGAUUUUGAAUCAUCGUGCCCGAUCUACAAUAAUUCAUUGAAAUGGACAAUUAUUGCGAA